CGCAGCGGCGGCAGCAGCCGCACCAUGCAGUGAGCGGCGAGGGAGGGCCGGAGGGGGAGCCGGCGAGGCGAGGCCGGCGGGGAUCGAGCUCCCGCCUGAGCAGCAGACGAGAGGGAGCCGGCGUCUGGAGCCCGACUCCGCGGCGGCCGCUUCCCCUUUCCCUCCCCGCCUCCCUCCGCCCUCGGAGCGGACGCUCGGCCGGUGCGAUGGCCCGGCCGGCGGCGGGGAGCGGGCGGUGAGCCGGCGCCCGCCGAGGGACGCCCCGAGCAAGGGGAGAGGCGGAGGCACGGCGGGAAGCGCUCCCUCCCUCCCACCUCUCCCCUCCCUCUGCCCGCUCCCGGGCGGAGCUGCGGCCGCUUCCCCGCGCCCUUCAUGUCCGGGCGGCCGCGAGGCGGCCAACGGCGGCGCGCUGCCCUCUGCUCCCGCCUCGCUGCCCAGGCCCGGCCCGCCGCGGCCCCCGCGCUUCCCCCGGCCUCUCCGCCGCGCUAGGCCCCGAGCCGGCCCGCCGGCCGACCCCGCUCAGUCCCCUCCUCCCCGGCAGCGGGGGACGGUCUCCCGCCGCCGCUAGGCGGGCCAGAGGAUGAGCCAGCAGCCGGCGGUGAAGAUGUCGGCGGCUCCCCUCACGGCGGAGGCGCUGGAGUCGGCGGCGGGGAUGCUCGAGGGCCGUCAGAGGAAGCUGGAGUCCAUGAUCCGCGACCCGCGCUCCCCGGUCAACGUGGAGAGCCUGCUGGAUGGCUUGAAUUCUUUGGUCCUUGAUCUGGAUUAUCCAGCGCUGAGGAAGAACAAGAACAUCGAUAAUUUCUUAAAUAGAUAUGAGAAGAUUGUGGAAAAAAUCCGAGCUUUACAAAUGAAAGCUGAAGACUAUGAUGUUGUUAAGGUGAUUGGAAGAGGGGCUUUUGGAGAAGUGCAGCUGGUUCGCCAUAAAAUGACACAGAAGGUUUAUGCAAUGAAGCUACUUAGUAAAUUUGAAAUGAUCAAGAGAUCAGAUUCAGCCUUUUUCUGGGAAGAAAGAGAUAUCAUGGCCUUCGCCAACAGUCCAUGGGUGGUUCAGCUAUUUUGUGCCUUUCAAGAUGACAAAUACUUGUACAUGGUAAUGGAAUACAUGCCAGGUGGAGAUCUUGUAAACCUUAUGAGCAAUUACGAUGUGCCUGAGAAAUGGGCCAAGUUCUAUACAGCCGAAGUUGUUCUUGCACUUGAUGCAAUUCACUCCAUGGGCUUGAUACACAGAGAUGUGAAGCCUGACAAUAUGCUUUUAGAUAAAUAUGGGCAUCUGAAGCUGGCAGAUUUUGGCACUUGCAUGAAAAUGGAUGAAACAGGUAUGGUGCGCUGUGAUACAGCUGUGGGAACCCCCGACUACAUAUCGCCCGAAGUUCUGAAAUCUCAAGGGGGUGAUGGUUAUUAUGGACGGGAAUGUGACUGGUGGUCUGUAGGAGUUUUCCUUUUUGAGAUGCUAGUUGGUGAUACUCCUUUUUAUGCAGACUCACUAGUAGGAACGUACAGUAAAAUUAUGGAUCAUAAGAACUCAUUACAUUUCCCGGAUGACGUGGAAAUCUCUAAGCAUGCAAAGAACCUUAUCUGUGCCUUUUUAACUGAUAGGGAUGUGCGACUUGGGAGAAAAGGGGUAGAAGAAAUAAAGCAUCACCCUUUCUUCAAGAGUGAUCAGUGGAACUGGGACAACAUUCGAGAGACUGCUGCUCCUGUUGUUCCUGAGCUUAGCAGUGAUAUAGAUAGCAGUAAUUUUGAUGACAUUGAGGACGACAAGGGAGACGUGGAAACCUUUCCAAUCCCCAAAGCCUUCGUGGGAAACCAGCUGCCUUUUAUAGGAUUUACCUACUAUAGAGACAAUUUGUUGCUAAGUGACUCCUCACAGUCUUGCAGAGAAAAUGAAUCUGUGCAAUCUAGUAAAAAUGAGUUUCAGAAAAAACUAAGCAAGCUAGAAGAACAGCUCAGUAACGAAUUACAAGCCAAAGAUGAAUUAGAACAGAAGUACAGGUCUACUAAUACUCGUUUAGAGAAGAUAGUGAAAGAGCUAGAUGAAGAGAUAAAUUCAAGGAAGAAUGUAGAGUCUGCAGUCAGACAGUUAGAAAGAGAGAAGGCUCUUCUUCAGCAUAAGAAUACAGAAUACCAGAGAAAAGCAGAACAUGAAGCGGAUAAGAAACGCAAUUUGGAAAAUGAGGUUAACAGUUUGAAAGAUCAACUUGAAGAUUUAAAAAAGAGGAAUCAGAACUCUCAAAUAUCCAAUGAGAAAAUCAAUCAACUACAAAGACAGUUGGAUGAAGCCAAUUCUUUGCUGCGGUCAGAGUCUGAUACUGCAGCCAGGUUAAGGAAGAACCAGACAGAAAGCACGAAGCAAAUCCAGCAGCUGGAAACUAAUAAUAGAGAACUACAAGAUAAGAACUGCCUGCUAGAGAAUGCAAAACUUAAACUGGAGAAGGAUUUUCUCAAUCUUCAGUCAGCUCUAGAAUCAGAAAGGAGAGAUCGAAGUCAUGGAUCGGAGAUUAUCAGUGAUUUACAAGGUCGAAUAUCUAGCCUUGAAGAAGAAGUGAAAAAUGGAAAGAGUGCAUUAGCCAAACUGGAAGUGGAGAAGAGACAAUUGCAGGAAAAACUUACAGAUUUAGAAAAGGAAAAAAGCAACAUGGAAAUAGAUAUGACAUAUAAAUUCAAAGUUAUGCAGCAGAACCUUGAACAAGAAGAAGCUGAGCAUAAAGCCACAAAAGCACGAUUAGCAGACAAAAAUAAGAUCUAUGAAUCUAUAGAGGAAGCAAAAUCUGAAGCGAUGAAAGAAAUGGAGAAGAAACUUUUGGAAGAGAGAGCUUUAAAGCAAAAAGUAGAAAAUCGGCUGUUAGAAGCUGAAAAGCAGCGCUCCAUGUUGGACUGUGAUCUCAAGCAAUCACAACAGAAAAUCAAUGAGCUCCUCAGGCAAAAGGAUAUACUGAAUGAAGAUGUAAAAAACCUGACAUUAAAAAUAGAGCAAGAAACACAAAAGCGCUGUCUCACUCAAAAUGACCUCAAGAUGCAAACACAGCAGGUCAACACCUUGAAAAUGUCAGAGAAGCAGUUAAAACAGGAGAAUAACCAUCUUCAAGAAAUCAAAUUAAGUCUGGAGAAACAGAAUAAUGAACUCCGCAAGGAACGUCAAGAUGCAGAUGGACAAAUGAAAGAGCUUCAAGACCAACUUGAAGCUGAACAGUAUUUCUCGACUCUCUAUAAGACGCAAGUUCGAGAACUUAAAGAAGAAUGUGAGGAAAAGACCAAACUUUGUAAAGAAAUGCAGCAAAAGAUACAAGAGUUACAGGAUGAGAGAGAUUCCUUGGCUGCUCAGCUAGAGAUUACUUUGACAAAAGCGGAUUCAGAACAACUUGCACGUUCCAUUGCUGAAGAGCAGUACUCUGAUUUGGAAAAAGAGAAGAUUAUGAAAGAGCUGGAAAUUAAAGAGAUGAUGGCUAGGCAUAAACAGGAACUUACUGAGAAAGAUGCCACCAUAGCCUCUUUGGAGGAAGCAAAUAGGACGCUAACUAGUGAUGUGGCUAACCUUGCUAAUGAGAAAGAAGAACUAAACAAUAAACUGAAGGAAGUACAAGAACAAGUUACAAAGCUAAAAGAAGAAGAAGCAAACGUGGGAAAUAUUAAAGCACAAUUUGAGAAACAGUUACUGAAUGAAAGAACAUUGAAAACCCAGGCUGUGAAUAAAUUGGCUGAGAUCAUGAAUCGGAAGGGUCCAGUCAAACGUGGCGCUGACACUGAUGUACGGCGGAAAGAAAAGGAAAAUAGGAAACUGCAUAUGGAACUGAAGUCUGAACGAGAAAAGUUAACCCAAAUGAUGAUCAAAUACCAGAAGGAAAUCAAUGAAAUGCAGGCACAAAUAGCAGAAGAGAGUCAGAUACGGAUUGAACUCCAGAUGACUCUGGACAGCAAAGACAGUGACAUUGAACAGCUUCGUUCACAGCUGCAGUCAUUGCACAUCGGUCUAGACAACAGUAGCAUAGGCAGUGGACCUGGAGAUGCUGAGGCAGAUGAUGGAUUCCCUGAAUCAAGAUUGGAAGGCUGGCUAUCGCUGCCUGUUAGAAAUAACACUAAAAAAUUUGGAUGGGUUAAAAAGUAUGUAAUUGUAAGCAGUAAGAAGAUCCUGUUCUAUGACAGCGAACAAGAUAAAGAGCAAUCUAAUCCCUAUAUGGUAUUAGACAUAGACAAACUCUUCCAUGUUCGACCAGUCACUCAGACUGAUGUGUACAGAGCAGAUUCCAAGGAAAUUCCUAGGAUAUUCCAGAUUCUAUAUGCUAAUGAAGGAGAGAGCAAAAAAGAACAGGAAUUUCCUGUGGAGCCCAUGGGAGAGAAGUCAAAUUACAUCUGUCACAAAGGACACGAGUUUAUACCUACUCUUUAUCACUUUCCAACCAAUUGUGAAGCUUGUAUGAAGCCUCUGUGGCAUAUGUUUAAACCUCCUCCUGCUCUGGAAUGUCGCCGUUGCCAUAUCAAAUGCCACAAAGAUCACAUGGACAAAAAAGAAGAGAUUAUAGCACCUUGCAAAGUGUACUAUGAUAUUUCAACGGCAAAGAAUCUACUACUGUUAGCUAAUUCUACAGAAGAACAGCAAAAAUGGGUGAGCCGACUGGUGAAAAAAAUACCCAAGAAGCCUCCAGCACCAGACCCCUUUGCUCGAUCUUCUCCCAGAACUUCCAUGAAGGUACAGCCAAACCAGUCCAUCAGACGACCAAGUCGACAGCUUCCUCCAAACAAACCAAGAUUACUUGAUCUGGCAUUUAAGGACUGGGAUUGGUCAUUUGAUGAUGUUGAUGAUGUUGAUGGUGAUGAUGAUGACGAUGUUUUUGAUUUCUGAAGAAGUAUAAGGGGUAAAUCUAAAUAGAGAGGAAUGGGUUUGUUUGCCUUUGAAUACAGCAUGCUAUGUUGGAUUUUGUUUCUCAAACCAGAGAAAAUACAAGAUCUCAUUUUAAUAUUUUAAACUGUAAAAAUGAGAUUGUGUUCACAAUGUCAAUGAAUUUUUAGAGGAGUCAUUUUCAUUAAAACAAUGUUGUUGCCUUUGCCAGUGUUUUUAUUUUUCUAAUUUUAGAUCUUUUUUCAAAAUUCAUGUCUGCCUGCCUAAAAAAAAAUAAAUAUCUGCUGUUGUCAGAGCAGUUGUUCAUCUGUAGCGCUAAUACUGCCAAGCUCUGCAGGUAAUUUUUGAAGGCUAAAAGGGAGAUUGUAGCAGUUGGAUGUUUAGCUGAAAUAGAAUUGGUAUUUAAAAAUACUUUUCAUUUUUAAGCCUUUAAUAUAUAAACAGACUGGUCUGUGGCUGGCAGACAUGAAAUGACCGGAGUUCUGCAUUUUGCUUUUCUACCUGUGUUAUGAAGUGAUUUUGACUUGGCUUUCCUUUGCAGUGCUGUGCUUUUUGGGUACCUAACCAUGCAUUUGAAAACUACGUAAACAAAUGGGCCUUUGCAGCUUCUGUGAUAAGGUUUCCCUGACUGCUUUAGAAAAGAUACAGCUGUUUUAUUUGAUCUAAUUUGUCCCAUGGCUUACUUAAAUAUGGAGUGUGAAUGUACUGGACAUAGUGAUAACUAUUUUAUAGUUCUCAAUGUUUCCUCAUUUUACAUGUUGAUGCAGUGUUAUGUUUACAUAGAAAAAAACCCUAAAUGUUAAAUUCCUAAGAAUUCUUUUAAAAAGUACGUAAGGUUGUCUCAGCCUUAUAAAAGAAUGGGCAGUGACAGCAGCACUAGGGCUGUAUCUCAGCUGUGUACUCAGUUAACUGAGAUACCAGCGCGUGUUGAAUUUUAACUGCUUUAGUGUUUAUAGUAACAAGCAUUACAUUAAUCAAAUAUGCUGCACCUUUAUGUAUUAAAAGCUUACAAAUUACUAAUCUGUUAAAGCGACUAUUACGUUGUGCAUAUUGUACUUUGCCCUCAUAUAUUACAAGGGAGUUUAACUGAUGUGGGAUCAUAAUGCGUAAGAAUGUACUAUACUUAAGUAACAAUGCUGUUGGAUGCAGAGGAAUGACGUUUCUCCCAAGUAUGCUGAUGAGCCCAUCUUAAAUGAAGACUUUGAGGAAGUAUAUUUUUGUCAGAUUUACAUCUGUUGCAUGUACUGACCAAACUUCCUGCUUCUUUUUCAGCUAACUGCUUUCCGUGAAUGCAGACACAAUUCAAGGUGAUAAUUUCUUCCCGAUACAGCAAGACUGAAACAUAUCCCAAAAUAUAUUAAAAAUAUAUAUUUUCCUGAGAGAUUGUGCUAUAUAUAUCAGAGGUUUACAUUUUUGCUGCAAUAUAAAUUACUAAUCUCUGACGGUUUUCCUGUAUUCUCCUGAGUGACUGAUCAAAUGAGAAGUGGUUGGUAAAUAGUAAAAGGAUAUGUUAGGUAACCUUUUAAACUCUGUUCCACAAAAGCUUUCUUGGCAAGACACAUACACUACAUUUCAUAAAAGGAUCGAGAGGAAUGAAUAUUAAAAUGGAAGAAACUGACUUUUCAGCUUUUGUAAAGAUGCCACCAGCAGGUCUGCAAGAACAGGAGGAAGAUCCAUCAUAGUGAUAUAGACUGCAUCUGUAAGAAGUGACCAUUAUACUGUGUAUAUAUAUUGUACUGUAAUACUGCAAGAGGGUUUUAAAAAUCUUUCCACUUUAUUUUUUUAUGCUUAUUAAUCAGAUACCGUUACUUAUUGCAGUUGCAACUAUGCACUUGUAUAAAGCCAUAAUGUUGAAGUUUAUAUCAUUCAUUACACGUCUAUCAAAAGCUGCAUGUCAGUGUUGAGCAGCUAGUGUAAGUUUGAAGUAUAUACUAGUUUCAGCUAUGUCAUCAUGGGCAGUCCUGUUUUACCUGUCUAAUUGCCUUAAUUUAAUUUUUUUUCAAGUGUUUUUGCCCAUUCUCUCUAUUUAAGGAAAAAAGAAGGUUUACCAGCUCUUAGGAUGCAAUUUUGCUUUGUGGCAGAAAAAAAUAGUGCACUAUUUUUACACCUAGUAAGUAUAUCAAUGUCAGCCUAUUUUGAAUGUAUACCGACUGGUUUUAAGGGUGGAGAAGCAUUCAUUACAAAAACAAUGUCUGAUACCAUUGGAAUUACUAGACCAUUUGCUUGUACAUGUAACUGCUCAUCCAGCCCUUUUUACAAACCUCAAUAUUAGUUAUUGACUUAUAUUAACCCUCAUUAAGUGCUAUGAAACUUCAUUUUGCCUUGUUUUUGCAUACUCUCCUAGAUGUGUUUUUUAUUUCUGGAAAAAAAAGAAGAAUCUGUGACUGUUUUUACAUUUCACAACAUGAUCUCCGAGGACUGUCACAAACUUUAAGAAAAGUAAAACAUACUGUAGAUGUACUUUAAAAUUUUAAUUCUGGUUCUCUAGCACAUAGCUGUAGGCAUAGAUAAAUAUUUCAGUAGUGUUUUGAGAACUGAUAACUGGGAAGAAAGGGCCUCAGAGGCACUUAAUCUGACUUUUUGGGUUUUUUAACUUCGAGUUGUACAAAAAAUAAUUUAUGUGGGCUCAUUCAUGAUGUGUUCAUAACUAUCCCAGAAAAUGCAUGUUUUAUACAACUACAGUAUGCGAUGUUAAACAUAUUGAUGGUAAAAAAUGUAGUCUCCUAUUUGGUCUCUUUAUAUAUAAAUAUAUAUAUAUAUUUUAAAUAUAUAUAUAUAUAAAAAUAUUGUGUGGGAGUGCAGUAAUUUAAAAUAUGAUCUAACACUUCAAUGAAGGAGGACAUUUCACUUUAAAAUUUUGUUUGUUUGUUUUUGUUUUUUAAAGAGUGUUGAAAUGUUUGGAAGGAUAGGACCAUGAUUUAUUUAACACUAUCAUGAAAGGUGGACUUGGAAACACUGAAAUACUGAAAAUUAAUAAAUAUAUUUACAUUUUGUAACUUCUACUGCAGUUCAGCUUAACAGAGCCAGAAUGUAUUCAGUCUUCUAUUUAUGCGCUCGCAAAGUAAGGUGUUGUUUGUGAGUUCUUAAAUUCAAAACUAAAACUUUCAUAUCAUUUCUGUUAGGUAUUAUAACCCAGCACACAGCUACAGUGGUUUUUUCCCUGCUUGUUUUGAUUUACAGAAGUACGGUAUAUUUUUAGGUAAUACAGAUUUGCAUAGAGUACAACAUUAAAAAUGUAUACAGUAAAACUGUUUCCAUUCACUGAAUGCAUAAAUAUUUUAUAUAUAUAUAUA